UGGUGCUGGGUCUUACGCUCUCUUUCAGUCGUUUGUCGUCCCAGCGCCCCAAGACACGCGUGGUGUGUGGUUUGCACUCGAUAACUAUCCACAAAGCACGCCCGUCAUUUGCCAUUACGAACCCGUGAAAGUUCAGCCCUUGCAAGCUCUCUUAACGCCUGGCAGAGUCCACGAUGGCCAUCAUCCUGUACGGAGACGAGGUGAGCCCGCCCGUGCGCGCCGUCAUGCUGGCCUGCAAGGCCCUCGGCAUCAACUACGAGUUCAAGAAAGUCAGCGUCAUGAACGGCGAUCACAAAAAGCCGGAGUUCAUCAAGAUCAACCCACUGCACACAAUCCCAACCGUCCAGGACGGUGACUUCAUCAUCUAUGACAGUCAUGCCAUCGUCACUUACCUUGCCGACAAGGUAAGCAGCGACAGUUGGUAUCCUAAGGACAUCAAGAAGAGGGCUAUUGUGACCCAGCGCCUGCACUUUGACAACAGCGUUCUCUUUACCAGGCUCAGACACCUGCUGGAGCCCUUGGCCGGCGGGGCCACUGCCUACGACCCAGAAAGGACCAUGAAGUUGGUUGAGGCCCUGGAGUUUCUGGCCAGGUUGAUCCAGGAGGGAGGCUGGCUUACCGGAGACAAGCCCACCAUCGCCGACGUCUGUGCCGCCGCCAACGUGUCCUCCAUCCUGGCUGUUCUACCCCCCGCCGAUGUCCCAGAAAAAGUGGCAGUGUGGUUCAAGAAGUGCGAAAAAGAACUACCAGAGUUCCAAACCACCAACAAACCAGGAAAUGACGCCCUUGGUAAUUUUGUACAAUCCAAGCUGAAGUAAAACGGUGGCUCAAAAUAAGGACUGGGAAAAAAAACUGUCGCCAUCUUUUGGUAUGUUGUUUCUCGAAUAUCAAAACGCUUAAAUAGGACCCAAUACAAUAAAGUGAUAAUGCUGAGGAACAAAUGUCAAAGAAAGUAUGUUACACAUUAGGAAGUUUUCAGAUUUUAUUCUUAAAAAAAUACCUUUUUUAGUAAUCUUAACAUCAUUACUUCACAGUCAGUAUCAUUAUAACAUAAUUAAAUAUCACAUAUCAUUUAGUGGUAAAGCAAAAACCACAUAUACAAUGAGGGAUCAUUUUUGUUUUUUAAAAUAUGUAACAGCAACAGUAUGUUUAUAUUAUAAUGAAACAGGAACAUCAAAUAAUUGUAACAGUUCAACCUCAUAAAUAUGUACAAAAAUAUGUUGAAUGCGGAACUACUUUGAAGUGGAGAAUGAUUUACACUGCAGCAAUGUCAGUGAUCUUAAUCAUCAAUAAAGACUUACAUUGAUAAA